AUGGGUUCCAUUAUAGAUCGCCCAUCGAAGGGCGGACUCAAGUUAGUACUCGAAAACCCAUAUCUAUGUGGCGUGGCAUCAUUCUCGACUCUAGGUGGUCUUUUGUUUGGAUAUGACCAGGGCGUAAUCUCAGGUGUCAUCACGAUGGAAAGCUUUGGCGCUGCAUUUCCAAGAGUAUACAGUGACUCUGGGUUCAAAGGAUGGUUCGUCUCAACUCUAUUACUUGCUGCAUGGGCUGGGUCUCUGAUCAAUGGGCCCGUUGCCGAUCGAAUUGGGCGGAAGCUAUCAAUUAAUGUGGCUGUUGUGAUCUUCGUCAUUGGAUCUGCUAUUCAAUGCGGUGCGGUCGAUAUCCCAAUGCUCUUUGCUGGUCGAGCAAUUGCCGGCCUGGCUAUUGGCAUGUUGACUAUGGUGGUCCCAUUAUACAUCUCAGAGGUAUCCAUCCCGGAAAUUAGGGGAGGACUUGUUGUAAUACAACAAUUGUCCGUGACAGUUGGCAUUCUGGUCAGCUAUUGGAUCGACUAUGGAACCAACUAUAUUGGAGGCUCGCGUUGUGCGCCGAAUACCCCUUACACAGGAGGAACCCCUUCAAAGCCUUCCUUUGACCCAUACCAUGAUGUUCCCGUUGGCGGAUGCACUGGUCAAUCCGAGGCAUCAUGGCGACUCCCGCUUGCAAUUCAGAUAGCCCCGGCACUGAUUCUAGGAAUUGGAAUGCUGUUUUUCCCCGACUCGCCCCGCUGGCUACUUAUGAAGGAGCACGACGAUGAAUGUCUCGAUGCUCUUUCAAGACUGCGUCGCCAGCCGCGGGAUAGUCCUCUUCUUCAAAAUGAAUAUCUAGAGAUUCGGGCGUCCAUCAUGCUUGAGAACACCUUUGCACGGGAGUAUUUCCCCAAUCUGUCAGGUUUCAAGCUACAUGCUGCCCAGUACAUCUCACUAGUGACAAGUUGGCCCCGCUUCAAGCGGUUGGCUAUAGGUUGCUGCGUUAUGUUCUUCCAACAAUUCAUGGGAUGUAAUGCCAUGAUAUACUACGCCCCCACGAUAUUUGGAAUGCUGGGUAUGGACGGGAACACCACCUCACUCCUCGCCACUGGUGUAUAUGGCAUUGUCAACUGCCUCAGUACUCUCCCAGCACUCUUCUUCAUCGACAAGCUCGGACGUCGCGCUCUUCUCAUGGCAGGUGCCACAGGGACCUGCAUCUCGCUUGUUCUCGUCGGGGGUAUUCUCGGUGGAUAUGGUUCCAGCUUGUCCGCAAACAAGUCUGCCGGAUACGCAGCAAUCGCAUUCAUAUACAUUUACGAUGUCAACUUUUCGUACUCAUUUGCGCCCAUCGGCUGGGUGCUUCCGUCGGAGAUUUUCAACUUGUCGAUUCGCUCGAAGGCCAUAUCUAUUACGACAUCUGCUACAUGGAUGUGUAACUUCAUCAUCGGCCUCGUGACUCCAGACAUGCUCGAUACCAUCACGUGGGGUACUUACAUCUUCUUCGCAGCAUUUUGUCUCCUGGCUUUGGCCUUUACGUUCUUUUGCAUUCCGGAGACACGUGGAAAGACCCUUGAAGACAUGGAUCUUAUAUUCGGUGAUACGAGUGCUCAUGAGGAAAAAAAGCGCAUUAAGCGCAUCGAAGCCCAGCUACGCGGUACACCUGUGGAGGAUGAUGACAUGAAACCUGUUGAUGAGCACGAAGAGGAUGUGGAAGGAUGA